CAGGGGUAAAACACCAUCAGCGCUUGCUUUAGUUGCUGAAUAUCUCUAGGAUCAGAAUCUUUACUUACAAGCGUCUCUAGAAAAAUGGAUAACCAACACCGAAAUCUUAUCGGUUCAGAUCCCUAAAGGACCCAUUCAUGAGAGCUAUAACGGCAAAGGCUCUACUUCUGUAGUGACUGCAGACCUCUUUCCCUCCACCAUCCCCACCAUCUACUAAUCAUGGAGGAUUCAACUCCACAGGACAACUCUUCUCUCAUAAAGGGAGCCAGAGACAUUGCUAAGGAAGCCAAACGACAAGCUGUUAAGAAGGUCAACAAAGCUGUGGAUCGUGCUUCAGAUGAAUGUUCCCAAAACCGUGCCUACCAACGCUUCCAGGAUGAAGAUGAUGACUACUACAGCCAGCCGGAUGGGAACUACAAAGGAGAUCAUGCCAACGAUGAAGAGGGGUCCAGCGAUGCCACAGAGGGUCAUGAUGAUGAGGAUGAGAUGUAUGAGGGAGAGUACCAGGGGAUUCCCUCGGACACAAAGCCAAGAGAUGGACAGGUGGCACUGGGACAGCCUCUUUCAGAUGGCCUGAAGGACAGACGAGAGCUGGAGAAUGAGAGACAGGCGGAUGAGGAGGAGUUGGCACAGCAGUAUGAGCUCAUCAUACAGGAGUGUGGUCACGGGAGGUUUCAGUGGCAGCUGUUCUUCACGCUAGGUCUGGCGCUCAUGUCAGACGGUGUGGAGGUGUUUGUGGUGGGUUUUGUUCUACCCAGUGCAGAGACAGAUAUGUGUGUGCCUGACUCAAGCUCUGGUUGGCUAGGCAGCAUUGUGUACUUUGGGAUGAUGCUAGGGGCUUUCUUCUGGGGCGGCAUGGCUGAUAAGGUGGGCAGACGACAGUGUCUGCUCAUAUGUAUGUCCAUACAUGGCUUCUUCGCCUUUCUUUCAUCUUUUGUGCAGGGCUAUGGCAUCUUCUUGCUUUGCCGCAUUAUAGCUGGCUUUGGCAUUGGUGGAGCAGUACCCAUUGUCUUCUCAUACUUUGCUGAGGUAUUGUCAAGAGAAAAGCGGGGAGAACAUCUGAGUUGGCUUUGUAUGUUCUGGAUGAUUGGAGAGAUCUAUGCCUCCGCCAUGGCCUGGGCCAUCAUACCUCACUACGGCUGGAGUUUCAGUAUGGGUUCAGCUUAUCAGUUCCACAGCUGGCGGGUCUUUGUGGUGGUCUGUGCUCUCCCCUGUGUCUGCGCUGUGGUUGCCUUAACAUUCAUGCCUGAGAGCCCCAGGUUCUACUUGGAAGUGGGGAAGCACGAUGAGGCCUGGAUGAUCCUCAAGCAGAUUCAUGACACUAACAUGCGAGCGCGUGGACAGCCCGAGAAAGUCUUUACCGUGAACAGAAUUAAGAUCCCAAAGCAAAUUGAUGAGUUUGUAGAGAUGCAGACGGAAUCUGGAAGCCUUUUAUCAAAAGCGAUCUUCAGAGUAAAGUCUGAACUUCAUGGGAUUUGGCUGACGUUCUUGAAGUGCUUUAAUUAUCCAGUGAAAGACAUUACAGUGAAACUUGCUACUGUGUGGUUUACAUUGUCAUUUGGGUAUUAUGGCCUAUCUGUAUGGUUCCCUGAUGUCAUCAAACAUCUUCAGGCAGAUGAAUAUGCCUCCAGAGUACAAAGGCACACCCAUGAACACAUCGAAGACUUCUCCUUCAAUUUUACUUUGGAGAACCAGAUACACACUAAUAGCUUAUUUGUCAAUGACAGAUUUAUAAAUAUGAAAUUUAAGUCUGUCACUUUCAUCAAUUCCACCUUUCAAAACUGCUAUUUUGAGGACGUGACAUCCGUGGGAUCAUUCUUCCGAAACUGCACAUUUAUUGAGUCUGUCUUCUAUAACACUGAUGUUGACGACUCCAAACUUAUAAACACCGACAUUGUAAACAGCACAUUCUACCACAACAAAACAGGCUGUCAAAUGACUUUUGAGGAUGAUUAUAGUGCGUACUGGGUUUAUUUUGUCAAUUUUUUGGGAACACUGGCCGUCCUUCCUGGCAACAUUGUCUCUGCACUUCUUAUGGACAAAAUUGGCCGACUGUCCAUGUUAGGGUUUUCCAUGAUCCUGUCUGGCAUCAGCUGCUUCUUCCUGUGGUUUGGCACCAGUGAGUCUAUGAUGAUUGGGAUGCUUUGCCUUUACAAUGGGUUAAGUAUCUCUGCCUGGAACUCCCUGGAUGUUGUGACAGUAGAGCUCUACCCUACAGACAGAAGAGGAACUGGAUUUGGCUUCUGUAAUGCCCUGUGCAAGCUGGCUGCAGUGCUCGGGAAUUUGAUUUUUGGCUCUUUAGUGGGCAUCACCAAAGCCAUCCCCAUUCUUCUGGCCUCCUCAGUGCUGGUUGGUGGAGGUUUGGUAGGACUGCGGCUACCUGACACAAGGUCCAAUGUCCUAAUGUAACCUUUGUCUCAGAGAUAUGGAGAAAUCCAUCAGGCCUGACUUAAUCCUCAUUUCUCAUUAUGGUGCACUGUGUACUUAUUUACACUCAUGCUUUAUUUUUGGUCUGGCGUUUCAACAUUACCUAGGUAUCUGUGGUUUAGUUAUUUUAUAUAGUUUAUUAUGUAAAUGUAUAAAUACAUUUUGGAUCAAUAUACAACUUUGCAAUAAUAAUAAUAAAACUGGCUUUUGUUUGUAAUAGUAGCAUACUUUCUUCAAAUGACCUCUUUACAACUGUUUGCAGCUUUUUACUGGUUUAUACUGGCCUAGGCUUGGAAGAAAGUUUAAAUAUUGAUGUCUUCUAAUUAAGACUUGAGCAAAAUGAGCUAUUAAUGAGCAGUUCAAGCCUGCUGUAAAUAUGCAGAUAACCAGGAUCAUCAAAAACUGGAAUAACAGCUGUCAAAAUAAUGAAAUGCAAUGAUGAGAGAAUAGCUGAUGGUGGCUUGAGCGUACAGUAUAAACACACCUAGCCUUUUUUUCUCUUUUUCAAUGUCUGCUUUUAGGGUUUAGCUGUACAUGCUGUAGACAUUAUUGGGAAGGACAUAUGCUAUAAUGUGUUUCAAAUAGUUUUCUGAUAAUAAAGUAAAAGGUUGUGAUAGUAUAUAAAUAUAAUUAAGUAUUGUGUGUUUGGAGGGUUGAAAGCCAUAAUCUUUUUAAUUUAAAUUGUUUAACCCAAGCACUUAUUUAAAGUGGAAUUAUUUUUGUCAAGUAUUUAAUUUUCCACUCCAGCCUCUGAAGUCCACAACUGCGCACCGUGGUCAUACUAAAUGCGCAUAUCUGGAUAGACUACACUAAAUAUUUUCCCUGCAGCCACAUUCAUGAAAAUGUGUUUAUCAAAAACAUUUUAUUUGCUCAGAUGAAGUGUAAGUCUUUUGGCAUUCAUUGUUUUCUUCAAAGUAAAAAAGCUAUAUGUACCGUCUAACUUUACAAAAAAAUGAUGCCACAUUUGCAAUGUUUAUUUGACUAACAGGGCAUUUAAAAACUGUGCCUACACGUAAUCAUAAGCAUCAUAAACUCACAACAUUUUAUGAAAAAAAUAGUUGAAAAUUGACGUAUAACAGUUGUUGAGGAUAUUGCUCAUGGAAAGGCUCUUUUAUGUAUAAUUUCAAAGACUCAUCUUGUUGACGUGACAGAUUUGCAGGUGCAGGGGGAGUUUAGAGAGCCCGCCUCAUCAUAUGGGGUCUACAAUCUGUAGAAAGUGUGAUAAUCACAAGGUAAAAGUUACAGUGCCAAGAAGCACUGCGAGUGCAAACAAAUUAAUUUGUUUAGAGAUUCAAAAAAUAAAGAAAAGUGGUAAAAAUGAUUUAGAUUUUAAUGUGCUUUUAACAGUAUUGAUUUAAAUACAGAAACCAAAGCAGUGAUUCCACAAACAACAUGAAUCACGCAAAGGUUUAGCACUAUUGUUAAUUUAGCUUUAUUAGCUUUUGAGAUGUUAAUGCUUUUUUGGAAGGUCUACAGUGAGAACUAUCAUUUAAGACAACUUUUUAUUAGGCUUUCAACUAACCUAAAGUGGCUUUAAUGCUGUCGCAAUCUCAGCAGAGCUAUGCAGUUUCAACCUUAUAUAUACAUUAAAUUGUGUCAUCUAUAACAAUUAAUCACUGUUGUCCAUGAUCUAAAUCUGUCCUCAUCUGAUUUUUUUAUUACAUUUAAAAAAAAUUGUGUAUAUAUUGAAAUGUUGUCUGAAAAGAAGCAGAUGUGUGUAUACAGUAUGUGUAUGGGUUUAAUAUGUGUGCUUAUUUGUGUACAUUUUGUACAUAUGGUUGUGGUGACUUACAAGCUGAAUACUAUGUAAACAUAAUUUUUUGGAGACAGCAAUAAAUGGAGCUUUUAUGUACAUUGUGAAAACUUUUCUUUCAUUGCCCAUAAGAACCAAUCGUGACAUUGCUUAACAAAACUGCAUGUAUUACAUUUUUGAAUGUGGUUCUGAGUUCUUGUGCUUUCCAUUGAGGAACAAACUGAAAAUUGGAGUGAA